UAAAAAACUAUCAGAAAAAAUAAUUCAAAAUGGAUUAUUCUAAUAAUUCGAAUAUUUCAGACUCAGGUGACGUAGUUUUAGUAGAGAGUAAAUCUAAUUAUGAUGCUUUAAAUAAAAGAAUAACACAAUUAGAAAAAGAAGGAAAAGUAAAUAAUAAUAUGAAAUAAAAAAGGAUAAAGAUUAAAUAAUCUAACAAUUAAAGAAGAAUUUAUCAUAAAAAGAAAAUAAUUAUAAAUAAUUGAUUGAUGAUCUGGAGAAAUAUAGUAAUUAUUAUUAGUAUUGUAGGAAAGAGUGAGGAAGAAAAAAUGAGGAAAAGAGAAAUCUUUACUUAUUUGGAAUAAUUUAAAAAUAUGGAAGAGUAGAUAUAAUAAUUAAAAGAAUAAAAUUAGAAACUCUUAGAUGAAAAUUUAGAAUUAAAGAAUGUAAAUGAUCAUCUUUAAAAUAAAAAUUCUGAAAUUGUUGAAUAAUAGGAGACCAUUUUUGUAAUUUUCAUUUAAAUUCUAGAAAUCUUAUGAAUCCAAAAAGGUUUAAUUAGAAGAAUUUAAUUUAUAAAAAAAUAAAUAUGAAGAGGAAUUAAAAAGGUUUAGCGAAAAAAUUGAAAUUUUGGAUGGAAAAAUUGAAACACUUUAAUAAUAAAAAUGUAUUAAAAACUAAAUAAAUAAAAAUAGUUGAGUAAGAGCAAUUAAUAGAAUAGUAGAAAAGAAUUUUAGUUUAGUUUCAAAUGGAAGCUAAAAAGAACUAAGAAUUGUUAAAGUAAAAUAAAAUAAUUUAAGACUAACAAAAUCAAGAUGAAUUUAAUCGAAGAAUUGUUCAAAGCAUCAAAAGUAAAAAAAUUAAUUUAACAUACAGCAAUUCAAGAAGAAAUUAUAGGCAGACUUUAACAUAUUGAAAAAGAAUUAAUUAGUAAUGAAAAUAAGAAAACCAAAGAGAGAUAGGAUGUUGUUAAAUUUUUAAACAAAUAAUUUAAUUUUGAAUUGCGAUUACCAUUAGAAGAUAAUUACAUCACAUUUAAAUAUGAAUUUAGAGAUAAUUAGAUUCCUGAAUGA